AUGUCUGACGAAGCCCCAGCUGUUUCUGAAGUUUCAAAAGUUGAGGCAGCUCUGCCGGAAAAGGCUGCGUCUGGUGUUAUAGAUGAACCACUAGCUGAAGAACAGAAAUCACAAGAGGCAAAUGGCAAUAACGCCGACUCCGUCGCUGCACCAGAAGAAGGAAAACAAGCCGAGGAGAAUGAAGAAGCUGCAGAAGACGUUGAGCCAGCCAAGACUGAAAAUGAAGAAUCCAAGGUGCUCGCGAUAAAGGAGGCAACGGAGACUCCGGAAUUAGGAGAAAGUAAAGAAGUGGAAGUCAACGCAGAAACUGAGGACAAGAAAGAAGAGGAUGCUCCUGAGGAGAAAGGAGAGGAGAUUAAAGAGUCAUCUGAAGAAACGAAAGAGGAUUCAGAGGAGAAAACUGGCGAAGCCGGAGAUGAUGGUAAACCAGAGGACGAAAAUAAGGAGGCUGAUGGAGGAAACACCGAUGGGGGUGAUAACGCGGAAGAUUUCGAGGCAGUUGGAGAAGGGGAGGCUGCCGCUCCUGCUUCUGGGCGUGGGAGAGGUCGCGGUAGAGGACGCGGCCGAGGUCGCGGUCGAGGUAGACCAGCUGGUGGGUCAGGAGAGCCAAAAACUCCACGAGCUCCGAGAACUUCGAAGCCGAUUGAUGCAGCGAACUCAAUCGCUUCGACUCGUCCAAGACGCUCUACCACAAAAAUCGAUUAUGCGAAUCCAGACACUAGCACUGUUCUCGCUGAGGUUGACGAUGAAAUUCCAGGAAAGCUCUUCAAGAACACCCGGAAGGCAAAAUCGCGCACGGAUUAUUAUUCUGAUUCCGAUGGGGCGCCGAGCGAUUCAGAUGAUGUUGAAUUCGGGAAAAAGAGAGGAACCAAGCGCACACGUGGAGGUGCUGCUGGUGGACGUGGUGGACGUCGAGGAAGACCGGCAAAGAAAGCAUCGGCUACUGAUGAUGAGGACUAUGAAGAAUCUCCGAAGAAGCGCGUCAAAUGCGACGGAGACGAUGACGAUGAAGAGUAA